AUCCCGCACCGUGGUGACAUUUGCCGUAGGCAUUCGCUGUCGUUUAUAUACGGCGGACAGAAGUCGAAUUGCUUAGACGCUGGCGCUAACUCGAUCUGAUCGAAAGUUAAUUUUUCUGUUGGUGCAAAUCAAUCUUUGAUUGGACUUUCAUUUGCAAGAUGUCUGAAGCCGAAUAUGACAAGGAUCAAUUGAGAAUUCUUCGCAAUGCCUUUAAGGCCUUUGAUCUGGAAGGCACUGGAUGGAUCGAUCAUAGCGAUGUCUCAAGCAUUCUCGAAAUUCUGGGCCAGAAACUCGAACCGCCGGCAGUUAAGGCCCUCAUUAAGGAGGUCGAUAAGGGAACAACUAAUAAACUGAAUUUUGAACAAUUUUGCAAGCUUGGAGCUCGCUUUAUCGAGGUCGAGGAGGAUGUGGCUGCUCUGCAGGCUGAGCUGAAGGAGGCAUUCCGUGUGUACGACAAGGAAGGAAAGGGAUAUCUCACAGUUGCCACCCUGAGAGGAAUUCUUCACGAGCUCGACGAUAAAAUCUCUAGCCAAGACUUGGACUCGAUCAUUGAGGAAAUCGAUGCCGAUGGAUCGGGAACUGUUGAUUUCGAUGAGUUUAUGCAAGUGAUGACAGGAUAAAUCUCGCAAUUAAAGUAGUCGACCAUUGUCUUACACCUCUGGAUAUAUCAAAUACACUGGGUGUGUUCUAUAUUCGAAUGUUUUGAGCGGUAAUUGAAUUUAACAACAACCACAAUUCUCUUGUCAAUUUAUGCAUAAACAAUGAAAUAUAUUCCAAAAGUUCAAUAAAUAUAAGAUUUAUAGCAAA